AUGACAAUAUCAAAUAUUCGUGGAUUUAACAAGCCAAGUAAAUUUUUCUAUGAUAUCCUUUCUUCUCACCAAUCGCUGCAAUUUUUCCGUAAUACUCGUCCAUAUAGCACUCAACAUGAAAUGAUAGUAUCAUUCUAUGAUGAUAAAGUAACAAAAUAUGCUGAAAAAUCUAUUAGACCAGUUACGUUAAAAGAAUUAAUUCGAUUUGGACAACCACCAUUAAGUACUUCAAAAUUAUUUGAGUCAGCAAAUUAUACACGUUCGGAAUUGCCAGUUCGAUUAGCAAGAAGAGUAAAGGCCUUGCAAAAUUUACCAUUUAUAGUAGGAACAAAUCCAUAUAUCAAAAGUAUUUAUAAAUUGUAUUUUGAUUCUUUUGAAUUAAUAAGAUCAUUUCCUGAACGCAUUAAUAAUGAGGAAACUGAUAAGAAAUUUGCUGAAAUGUUGAGAAAUAUGGUUUCUUCUCAUUCUGAUAAUAUUCCUACUUUAGCCAAAGGUUUCCAAGAAUGUAAAAAAUAUAUGCUAUCAGAAGAUAUAAAAAAUUUUCUUGAUGAUAUGAUACACGCACGUAUAGGUACAAGAUUAAUAGCAGAACAACAUAUAGCAUUACAUGAUUUAAAUAAUUCAUCAUAUAUUGGUAUAAUAGAUACAAAGUUAGAACCAAGACAACUUAUUCAAUCAUGUUCAAAUUUUGUUAAAGAAUUAUGUGAAAUACAUUAUGGUUCAACGCCAGAUAUUUUAGUUAAUGGACAAAUAGAUACAACAUUUACUUACGUACCUGUACAUUUGGAGUACAUCAUAUCAGAAAUAUUAAAAAAUUCUUGUAGGGCUACCGUUGAAUAUACCCAAAAAAUUGGUAGAGUAGAAUUUCCUCAUGUUACUGUUACCAUCUCAAAAGGUAAAAAUUUCAUUGGUAUUAGAGUGAGAGAUCAGGGUGGUGGCGUUCCUGCUAAAGAUUUACCUUCGAUAUUUGAUUAUUCUUAUACCACCGUACCUCAAGAUGAUAUCGGUGGUGGAAGUUGUAAUACUAAGGAGAAUAUAUUUGCAGGUGUAAGUAAGAUGGCUAUGCAAUCUGGAUUAGGUGGUCCCAUUGCUGGUCUUGGUUAUGGAUUACCCUUAGCUCGUAUUUACGCUAAAUAUUUUGGUGGUUCAAUGGAUCUAAUUUCUUUACAUGGUUAUGGUUGUGAUGUUUUCUUAAAGUUGAAACAAAUUGAUGAAUCUUUAGAUGAUUUACAAAUCUAA